GCGAGUGCGUGCGUGCAUGGCCGUGCUGUCGUCUGCGAGGCGCGUGCUUCCAUGGGCCUGUAACGGCCAGGCCGCCUUGGCGAGGGUCAGCGGAGGCGCGCUCGGAACGGGCAGAUCGGGCGGCGGCUCUCUUCUCCAGUCCCGGUGGCAGUCCUCGCUGCCGCAGCUGGACCCCGUCGACAGGUCUGACGAGGACAGCACCGGCGGCGACAUCGACUGGGACAACCUGGGCUUCGGGCUCACCCCGACCGACUACAUGUACGUGAUGCGGUGCCCGCACGGCGAGGGCUCCUCCUCCGGCUUCUCCCGCGGCGAGCUCAGCCGCUACGGCAACGUCGAGCUCAGCCCCUCCUCCGGCGUCCUCAACUACGGCCAGGGCCUCUUCGAGGGCCUCAAGGCGUACCGGAGGGCGGACGGGGCCGGGUACAUGCUCUUCCGCCCGGAGGAGAACGCGCGGCGGAUGCAGGCCGGGGCGGAGCGCAUGUGCAUGCCGGCGCCGUCCGUGGAGCAGUUCGUGCACGCCGUCAAGCAGACCGUGCUCGCCAACACGCGCUGGGUGCCACCGCAGGGGAAGGGGGCGCUGUACAUCCGGCCGUUGCUCAUCGGCAGCGGUGCCAUCCUUGGACUGGCGCCAGCUCCCGAGUACACUUUCAUGAUCUACGCCUCCCCUGUAGGGACCUACUUCAAGGAAGGAAUGUCGGCGAUACACCUGCUCGUGGAGGAGGAGUUCCACCGCGCGAUGCCAGGCGGGACCGGCGGGGUCAAGACCAUCACCAACUACGCGCCCGUGCUCAAGGCGCAGAUGGACGCCAAGAGCAAGGGCUUCGCGGACGUGCUGUACCUAGACUCUGUGCACAAGCGGUACGUGGAGGAGGCCUCCUCCUGCAACCUCUUCGUCCUCAAGGGCGACAUCGUCGCCACGCCGGCCACCGCCGGCACCAUCCUGCCGGGGAUCACGCGCAGGAGCAUCAUCGAACUCGCCAGGGACUGCGGCUACCAGGUCGAGGAGCGCCUCGUCUCCAUCGACGAUCUGGUCGGCGCGGACGAAGUGUUCUGCACGGGAACAGCCGUCGGCGUCACGCCGGUGUCGACCGUCACCUACCAAGGGACAAGGUACGAAUUCAGGACCGGUGAAGACACCUUGUCCCGGAAGCUGUACGACACUCUGACAUCGAUCCAGAUGGGGCUGGCGGAGGACAAGAAAGGAUGGACGGUAGCGAUAGAUUAGUUAUUAUUGGGGCGCAUGCAACAUGCAGUACGUGCCAGGAACAUUCAGUAUUCUUAUGUUUUGCCACUGUAAAUAAUAAUCGUCAUGGUAUCUCUUGUUAGUCGUCAGCAAGUUCGAAAUUGGGCACUGAAAGAAGCCAAUGGCAGCUUAUUGAUUUAGUCA